UUCCCGGAAAAAAAUAUUUUUUUAAUAUUAAAAUAUGUGAAAAACGUAAAUUUAAAUUACGAAAAUCAGUCUUUUUCGAGAAUUUUCUUGUAAAAAAGAAAAAUUUUCAUAUAAAAACGUUAAAAAGGGCUCAUGACCUAAAUUUUUAAUUGAAAUUCGAUCGAGUGAAAGUUAAUUUUAUCUCUUAAUUGGUACUUUUAUGACUUACAAAGUACGUGUCAGCGACGAUGAAGUUCGUCAUUAGCUUUGGAUUUGUCUUGCAUUUGCUGUUUUUGGUCUCAAUCUUCUACAUUUACUUCCGGUCGCCGAUUUUGACGGAUCUUGAAGCACAAAAUGAACUGCCGAAUCCUCCAGCGAAGAGGUUGGUCGUUUUUGUUGCUGAUGGCUUACGAGCAGAAUCACUUUACGAAGUUCACUUAAAUAAAACUCCAUUUUUGGCGGAUGUGAUAUUAAAUCGAGGCAUCAGCGGGAUUUCACAUACGAGAGUUCCUACUGAAUCUCGUCCCGGGCAUAUUGCACUUUUUGCCGGUUUAUACGAAGAUCCAAGUGCGAUUUUUAAAGGAUGGCAAGAAAAUUUAGUCGAAUUCGAUCAUAUCUUCAAUAGAACGAGUGUUACUUACAGUUGGGGGUCUCCAGAUAUUGUUCCGAUAUUUGCAAAAGGUUCGACAGGAGGAAAAGUGAUGACUUUUAGUUACGAUCCGAAUGACGAAGACUUUUCAGGGCAGUCUGAUACGACGUUACUCGAUGAAUGGGUGUUUGAACGAGUGAAAAAGUUCCUUGAAGAAGAGGAAAAUGUCGAAAAAGUCAAGAACAAAGAUAAGAUUGUGCUGUUUUUGCAUCUUUUGGGUCUCGAUACUGCUGGACAUGUUCACAAACCGAAUUCAAAAAAAUUCAUCGAAAACCUCAUCGCCGUCGACAAAGGCAUCCAACAAAUCUACGAAUUGAUAGAAAAAGUUACCAACGAUCAAAAAACCUCCUACCUUUUCACUUCAGAUCACGGAAUGACAGAUCGCGGCUCUCAUGGCGACGGAACUCACUUUGAAACUGAAACUCCUAUCAUCGCAUGGGGUGCCGGCGUCAAAAAUUGGAAUAAAAUUGAAAAUUUCGUACAUAACCAACUUCACUAUCACAUGUUGAACAAACUUGUGCCUCGUUUCGACAUCGAACAAGCUGAUGUGACUCCGCUUUUGGCUUCUCUGAUUGGAGUUCCUGUACCUGUGAACAAUAUCGGCAAAUUACCGCAUCAGUAUUUGAAUGCAACGACAGAAUUCGUCGCAAAUGCUUUGAAAAAUAACGCUUUGCAACUGCUAAAACAGUACAAAAAGCUCUAUAUGAGGACCCGACAGAAGAAAUUCAUGUAUUUCAUCAACGACGAAGAAUAUCGAAUCGAAAAUCGUGUCGGAAAAAUGGAAUAUUUGCUCAUGCAGGCGAUAAAAGCGAAGAAAUAUGAUGAAAUUCCCGAUAUCGCAGAGACAUUGAUGCACGUCGCCAUCGAAUCUAUCGAAUUUUAUCAACAGUAUUACAAAUACGAGCUCUUGGUAUGUCUCGCCAUUACCAUGACCGGAUGGAUUUACAUCCUUGUGCAACAAUUGUACGUUCGCGAUCAUCACACAAGCCAUUCGCGAGGUUCAAAGUCACAACAAUUGGCUGUUCUGAUCGUUAUUUGCCUCGUUUUUGCUCUCAUCUUCUUCAAUUACAUCCAAAACACGCCAUCGAUGGUCACUUUGUACUUUAUUCUUCCCGUCAUCACGUGGUAUUUCGUAUAUUUACGAAAAAAUUACGCAAAAUUCCCGAGUUCGAGCAAAAUUAAAGUUUUUAUCGGGAUUUUCAUCUUAUUGGUGACAACUGAACUCAUGAUUUUGUCAUUUUUCCAUCGAAAUUACUUGAGUGUCGUGCUAAUUGGACAUUGUUUGUACGAAAUGAGCAUUUCAAACAGUAGUCGACGCAUGAAUUUAAAAUUAUUGGCAUCGACUUUGGCUUUAGCGGUGUUUCCUGCGUUGCCGAGUGUUGAAAAAGAUUCCAAAGAAAAUUAUUUGUUAUAUCUUGGAAUUUUGAUCUGGAUUGUGAAAGUUUUCAACGAAACCCGAUCCCAUAAAUUCAGUAAAGCGCUAAUUUUGCAACUUUCGAUCGUUUCAGCGACGAGUCUGAAUCUAAUUUAUAUCAUUUUCUGUUUGGACAACAGUUUAGGCGUUCCUAAAGUCAGUCAAAGCCUUUGUUGGAUACUCGCUGGAGUGUCGCUCGUUACUCCAAUUGUCAGUCCUCUCAAUAUAAAGCAACGAAUAAGCGCCAUUGAGAACGGAUUGAUAAUUAUUUUCAUGUCGAUGUCACUUUCGUACGAGCCGCUCUUCUUCAUGGCAUUUGUUACGAACCUAAAAUAUUGGAUCGAGUACGAAUUUAACUUGCAUCAAGAGAAUGUCGAACGACUUGAUGACUUAACCUUCGAUUUGGAAGGAUCUCCAUUCCAGUUGCGCUUCGUUAAUCUCGGAGAUGUGCGAAGAGUGACCAAAUUUUUGUUGUAUCUAUUAAUUGCGUUAUUCGGUACUGGCAAUAUCGCUUCGAUCAGUUCCUUUGACCCGAAUUGGGUGAGAUGCUAUAUUUCGACGUUUUCGCCCUUUUUGAUGACUAUUUUGAUCAUCUUGAAGCUCGUUAUGCCAAUUUUGUACUUAACUUGUUGCCUGAAAGCACUGAAUGUCAUCACAAAGAUAAAAGUGCAAAAACUUUUCAUCAUGAUACUGAUAAUUUGUGACGUAAUGUGCUUAAACUUCCUAUUUUUGGUCAAAAAUCGCGGAUCAUGGUUGGAUAUCGGAACGUCAAUUUCACAUUUUGUGAUUAUGGAAGCGACUGUUCUUGUACUCAGCUUACUUUAUGUCGUUGCGACAAUUUUAACGACAUUCAGUCUUCACAACGCAAAAAACAUUCGCUCCAUUAAUAACUUGCCUUUGCUCAGCAAAAGUAGUCUAGAUUAAUUUUUAUGGAAAUUUUAAAUAAAAAAAGAGGCACAAAAGCUAAAUUAUU